AUGAUCAAGCUUGUGAAAAUGCUGAAAGUGAAGUACCAGGUUGGGAUUUUGAUAAGACAAGAGAAGAAGCCGUUAAUGCUUGGAAUAAAGAAUUGGGAAGGAUUCAAGUUAGUGGUGGAUCUAUAAAUGUUACAGAAACUUUUUAUAGUAGUUUAUAUAGGACAAUGAUUAUUCCAAGUGAUAGAACUGGUGAGAAUCCAGAUUGGCAGUCGUUCGAUAAAAAGGGAAAUCUUAUACCAUAUUAUGAAGAUUUUUACACUUUGUGGGACACAUUCAGGUAA